AAGACUCCAACCCUUUCUCACCGGGCGCCAAAAACCCCUUUCGUCGCUUUAUCAACAAACCUUACUCUCUCCUUUCAAACGUAGUGGCAGAGCAGAACUCCAAAUUGAAAAGCUCCUCAUAAAUCAGAAGAGAGAUAUUGAGAGAGAUUGCACUCUGGUUCGUCUUUCUCUAUCGGCGCCACCUAUUCGAUUUGAUUAUUGUUUGGUUUCGAUUUGAGCAUGGACCUUCAGAACACAGUGAAAGAAGCCCUAAAUGCACUGUACCAUCACCCUGAUGAUGCGGUGCGCAUGCAAGCCGAUCGCUAUCUCCAAGAUUUCCAAAGAACUUUGGAUGCCUGGCAGGUGGCUGAUAAUUUACUUCAUGAUCCCAGUAGCAAUCUAGAAACCUUAAUAUUUUGUUCUCAGACCUUGAGAAGCAAGGUACAAAGGGACUUUGAGGAACUCCCUUCCACAGCUUUUCGGCCAUUGCGUGACUCAUUGAAUACACUGCUGAAAAAGUUCCACAAAGGUCCUCCAAAAGUCAGAACACAGAUUAGCAUUGCGGUGGCUGCCUUGGCAGUGCACGUUCCUGCAGAAGACUGGGGGGAUGGUGGUAUAGUCAAAUGGCUUAGGGAUGAGAUGGAUUCCCAUCCAGAAUAUAUACCGGGAUUCUUGGAGUUACUUACAGUUCUACCAGAGGAAGUAUUAAAUUAUAAGAUAGCAGCUCGCCCAGAAAGGCGACGUCAAUUUGAAAAAGAGCUUACAUCUCAAAUGGAAGUUGCUCUUAAUAUAUUGACAGCUUGUUUGACUAUUUCUGAACUUAAGGAGCAGGUUCUAGAGGCAUUUGCUUCGUGGCUUCGCUUAAAGCAUGGGAUUCCGGGAUCAGUUCUGAGCUCUCAUCCGUUGGUUCUCACAGCAUUAUCAAGCUUGAAUUCCGAGUUACUUUCAGAGGCAUCUGUAAAUGUGAUUUCUGAAUUAAUACAUUACACGGCAGCAGGCAAUAGUGAUGGUGUUUCUGCAAAUAUGCCCUUAAUUCAAGUCAUUGUACCUCAAGUUAUGAAUCUUAAAGCUCAGCUUAGUGAUUCUACAAAGGAUGAGGAAGAUGUCAAGGCGAUUGCUAGGUUAUUUGCAGACAUGGGUGAUUCAUACGUGGAACUGAUUGCAACUGGUUCAGAUGAAUCAAUGCUAAUUGUGCAUGCAUUGUUGGAAGUUGCUUCACAUCCUGAAUAUGAUAUUGCUUCUAUGACUUUUAACUUUUGGCAUAAUCUUCAGUUAAACUUGACCAAAAGGGAGUCCUAUAUUUCAUAUGGUAAUGAAGCUUGCAUUGAAGCUGAGAGAAAUAGAAGGCUGCAGGUUUUCCGUCCUGCAUAUGAGUCACUUGUAUCACUGGUUAUCUUUCGGGUUCAGUAUCCUGAAGAUUAUCAAGACCUUUCAUACGAGGAUCUUAAGGAAUUUAAGCAGACCAAAUAUGCUGUUGCAGAUGUAUUGACAGAUGCAUCAUCAGUACUUGGUGGCGAUGCCACACUUAAAAUUCUUUACGUGAAACUGCUUCAGGCUGUAUCUGGUCAUGGUAAUGAUGAACACAAGGAAUGGCGACCAGCUGAGGCUGCUUUAUUUUGUAUUCGGGCUAUAUCAAACUAUGUGUCAGUUGUUGAAGCAGAAGUAAUGCCUCAGAUCAUGGCCUUGCUUCCGAAACUUCCUCAUCAACCCCAACUACUUCAGACAGUGUGUUUAACUAUUGGAGCUUAUUCAAAAUGGCUUGAUUCUGCGUCCUGUGGACUGUCUGUACUGCCAUCGGUUUUAGAUAUCCUAAUGAAUGGCAUGGGUACAUCUGAAGAUUGUGCAGCUGCUGCUGCUUUGGCAUUUAGACACAUUUGUGAUGAUUGCCGGAAAAAGCUUUGUGGAUGCUUAGAGGGUUUGUUCCACAUCUACAAUAAGACAGUUAAUGGAGAAGAUAGUUUCAAAGUUCCUGCUGAAGACUCGUUGCAUCUGGUUGAAGCAUUAAGUAUGGUCGUUACUGAACUUCCUCCAGAUGAUGCUAAGAGAGCUCUUGAGGCGUUAUGCAUACCAGUCAUAACUCCUUUACAGGAAGCUAUUGCUCUAGGUCCAGAAAGCUUGAGUAAAAGACCUUCUCGUCAGUUAACAGUUCACAUUGAUAGAUUUGCUUACAUCUUUAGAUACGUAAAUCAUCCUCAAGUUGUGGCAGAUGCUAUUCAACGGCUAUGGCCUAUUUUUAAGGCCAUCUUUGAUCUUCGUGCUUGGGACAUGAGAACAAUGGAAUCUCUUUGCCGAGCAUGUAAAUAUGCAGUGAGAACUUCUGGAAGAUUCAUGGGGCUCACAAUUGGUGCCAUGCUGGAAGAGAUUCAGAGUCUAUACAGGCAGCACCACCAACCAUGCUUUCUUUAUCUCUCCAGUGAAGUUAUAAAGAUAUUUGGUUCUGAUCCAUCUUGUGCUGACUACCUGAAAAGUUUGAUUGAGGCGCUUUUUCAACAUACAACACGUCUUCUCACAAAUAUUCAGGAAUUCACAGCCCGUCCUGAUAUAGCCGAUGAUUGUUUCUUGUUGGCAUCAAGGUGUAUUCGCUACUGUCCUCAACUGUUUAUUCCCUCAUCUGUUUUUCCUUCUUUAGUUGAUUGCUCUAUGAUUGGCAUCACAGUACAGCAUAGGGAGGCUUCUAAUUCCAUAUUGCAUUUCUUGGCUGAUAUUUUUGAUCUUGCAAAUUCCUCUGUGGGGGAGCAAUUUAUUCCAAUAAGAGACGGUGUAAUUAUUCCUCGAGGUGCCAGCAUCACCAGAAUUUUGGUUGCUUCAUUAACGGGAGCACUUCCAAAAUCUCGAGUGGACGUGGUAUCUUAUACGCUACUGGCCUUAACUCGAUCAUAUGGGAUGCAAGCGCUGGAAUGGGCUAAAAAGAGUGUUUUAUUAAUUCCGUCGACAGCUGUUACAGACGUGGAGCGAUCAAGAUUCCUAAAAGCUCUUUCUGAUGCAGCAUCCGGAGGUGAUACUAAUGGGCUUACCGUUCCUGUUGAAGAGCUCUCAGAUGUUUGCCGACGUAACAGAUCAGUUCAGGAAAUAGUUCAAGAAGCUUUGAGACCGCUUGAGUUGAACAUGGUGAAUGUAUCAUAGACGAUUGGUAAUGCCUGUGAUAGGGAGGGCCAUUUUGUUUAGGUCCUGUCUGUUAGCUAGGCUAGUUGGUUGUGUAUUAUCUAUCUGUUAUAUUCUUUUCUUUUUUUAUCUAUUAUCAUUCUCCAAUUUUUCAGGAGAAUUUGCCCCUGCAUGAUCUGUUGUGUUGGCCGGAAGAAAUUAAAAUGGGUGUUGUAUCUUUUAUUUGUCUUGAGAUGUGGGAUUGGUGAGUGAUGUUUGUCCCGGUUGUCAUUUUUGGGGGGAGGGAGGUUACAUGGUAUACAAUUGUAAUUUAAUGGAAACAGAAAAAGUGGGGGGAAAUAGAGAACAUUGAUAAGUUGUUUCAAUUUUUUAAGUUUGGAAUGAAUAUGGAAUUUGGAAUC